CGAUGCAGUCCUGAGGAUUUUCUAAUCAUAAAAAAGCCCAUAUCCUAGGCAAGCCCGGGCCCAGGCAACAAUCUCAGCGCAGGGCCUUUUUUACGUAUUUAUGGAAGGAUGCAUGUUUGCAUUCAUGCUUUCUUCAGCCAUGCAAUCUUCAUCUUCUCUGACCCUUUCCUCGCCUGGCUAUCUCUUUUAAAACUAAUUCCAUGCAAGAAAAUCUUCUCCUUAUCUGACCGGUGGACCUCUCUCUCUCUCUCUAUCAGAUAUAUAAUUUCUAUAAAGCUUCUCUGUUGUUGUUUUUCUUCGUCAUUUACUUUUCUCUAUUUCUCGUUUCCAUGAAAAUGUUGAAUCCAAAAGCCCCAUCAUUCGAAUACUACCAUCUUUUGCAGAGGCGCAACUACUCUCUUGAUUUCUCGUAUCUUACAUACCCAGCACCAUCGACACUUCUCCCGUACUUUUAUCCCUUCAUUCAAACCCAACGGCCUUCUAUCUACGAUGGCUUUUUGACUUACUUUCCGAGGCUCCCACAGCCUCCGACUUUCCUCUCUCAUUCGCUUGCCGCAAUCAGCAGCAACGAAGGCCAAAGCUGCAAGGGUGUUGAGAUGUCGUUUGAGCUUCCUGCUGUUGUAGAUGAAAUACCCACGAACCCAUCAGAGCCCACGGCCGAGAAAACAGUAGCAGUGGGGUGUGGGCGAUUUCGUGGUGGCUCCACUACUCUGUCUCGUUGUUUUGAGAAGAAGAGCUUGAUUUGGAGGCCGAAAGUGCAAGCAAAAGAAUCAAAGGUAGAGGAAGAAAACCCUUCUCAAAGUCCCAUAUCUCCUUUUGAAUUCGUUGUCUCGGAAUCGGAACGUGAGAAAAGAACCACUGUCAUGAUAAAGAACAUACCCAACAGAUACAGUAGGAGUAUGUUGCUGGAGUUGCUUGACAGGCACUGUGCCGAAGAGAAUGAGAAAGCCCAGAUGGAUUCUGACCCAUCUCUCUCGGAAUAUGAUUUUGUAUACUUGCCAAUCGAUUUCAAAAAUAAAUGCAAUUUGGGGUACGCUUUUGUCAACUUCACUACUACUAAGGCCGCUGCGAGAUUAUACAAAUCCAUGAAUAAAUUCAAGUGGGCUGUUUUCGAUUCCAGGAAGAUUUGUGAAAUCUUCUACGCUCGAAUUCAAGGGAAGGACGCUUUGGUGGAGCAUUUCCAGAAUUCGUUUUUCAAGUGCGAUUCGGACGAGUUUCUGCCGGUUCUUCUCUCACCGCCUCGGAACGGUUCCACCUCACGCACGGUACCAUCCGUCAUCGGAAGACGAAAAGCUUGCUGAGUGAGAAAAUUGACGAAUUUGCCCUUAAAGGGGCGGUGUGGAACAGUGAUAGUUUCUCUCGUAGCAUUGGAAUUAGUGUUUUUCUUGUACGGGGAAGUGAUAUCUGAACCCUAUCCCGUUGACGCAUGCACCAGAUUUUUCUACUUUCUGGAUGUAAGAGUAGAAGACGGGGUUUAUGCGUCAAAAAGAGAGGGUUCAGAUAUCAACUCCGAUUGUAUAUGUAAUGUAGCUCUGCCCGUGGAGUGGAAGUGAUUGUGUCACUUCUUU